CGGGCACUUCCGGCAGCGCGGACGGGAGGCGCGGUGGGCAGCUAUGGCUGGGUAUUUGAAGUGGGUGUGUGCUUCCUUUCAGCGUCAAAGGUUCCACACUGCUGGGGGCCACCACAAGGGUCGGACAGGUGCUGAGCACCUGUGGAUAAUGCGGCAUUUAAAGGACCCCUUUGUGAAGGCUGCAAAGGUAGAGAGUUAUCGGUGUCGAAGCGCCUUCAAGCUUCUGGAGAUGAAUAAGAAGCAUCAGAUUCUGCGGCCUGGCCUUCGGGUAUUGGACUGUGGGGCAGCUCCUGGGGCAUGGAGUCAGGUGGCAGUGCAGAGGGUCAAUGCUGCAGGCACAGAUCCCAACUCUCCUGUUGGCUUCGUGCUUGGGGUAGAUCUUCUUCACAUAUUCCCCCUGGAAGGAGCAACUUUUCUGUGCCCUGCUGAUGUGACUGACCCAAGAACCUUUCAGAGAAUCCUAGAACUGCUUCCUGGCGGGAGAGCAGAUGUAAUUCUAAGUGACAUGGCACCCAAUGCCACAGGGAUCCGGGACCUUGACCAUGACAAGCUCAUCGGCCUGUGCUUGACCCUUCUGGACAUGGCCCCAGAUAUCCUGCACCUGGGGGGAACGUUCCUUUGUAAAACCUGGGCUGGAAGUCAAAGCCAUCGGUUACAGAAGAGACUGACAGAGGAAUUCCAGAGCACGAGGACUGUAAAACCUGAAGCCAGCAGGAAAGAAUCAUCAGAGGUGUACCUCUUGGCCACAAAAUACCACAGAGGGAAGUGUGCUGUGAAGCAGUGAGCAUUUCUUCUGCCAUUUUCAUAGGGGUUCUUAGGUUGUUUUUAACUACACAUGUAGCCUGAGCUCUUUCCUGAAGAGUAGCUGGGGAGAGCCGAGCUCUGAUCUGGGAGAUGCAGCAGGAUAAGUGGGGAAACUCUUUAAAAAAAAAAAAAAAAAA